AUGGCGCUCGCCGAUGUUUGUGGCAUCAAGUCUUCUAUUGAUUUUGGCUAUUCGCGAGAAAAUGAUAAGGUCGUCAAUGAAGUCAAGACAUAUACCAGAAAUUUCACCAACAACCUUCAUCUGGCGAUGCCGCCGUUCGUAAACCCGGCUGAAACUCUUGGUCAAAUAGUUCAAGGCACUGAUGAAAGUGGAAAGAGUCUAAAAAUCAAAUUUGACCAUGGAACCACAACUUUGGGUUUCCAAUAUCAGGGUGGUAUCAUUCUAGCAGUGGAUUCACGUGCGACUGGAGGACAGUUUAUUGGCUCGUCCACCAUGAAGAAGAUAGUGGAGAUAAAUGAUUAUCUUCUUGGUACUCUGGCUGGUGGUGCUGCCGAUUGCGUCUAUUGGGAUCGAGUGUUAGCAAGGCAAUGUCGCAUGUACGAACUCAGAAACAGAGAGCGUAUCUCCAUCGCAGCAGCAAGUAAACUCUUGUCGAAUAUGAUUUAUAAUUUUAAAGGAAUGGGACUAAGUAUUGGUAUGAUGCUGGCUGGAUGGGACAAGCGUGGCCCUGGACUUUACUAUGUUGAUUCUGAGGGCACUCGUACUCCAGGGAAGGUUUUCAGCGUCGGUUCUGGAUCUGUGUUUGCGUUUGGUGUUCUGGAUUCUGGUUACCGGUGGGAUUUGACAGAUGAACAGGCCUAUGAACUUGGAAGAAGAGCGAUCUAUCAUGCCACACAUAGAGAUGCCUAUUCUGGCGGUAUCAUAAGAGUAUAUCACAUGAAAUCAACCGGCUGGGUGCAUAUCUCGGAUCAAGAUUCCAAGGAUUUGCAUUAUGCAUACCAUGCAGAUAAAUCAGCAGAACCUUCAACAAGCACUUCCUAGAUUUAAUUAUUAAAUAUACAUUGUGUAUGCAGGUAUUAAUCGUUUAUGCAAUAAAACGAAAUGAUUUC